AUCUUCCAACCCCACAUCCUUAACUUUUUUUGAAACCAUUUUCUUAAUUUUUCAUCAUAAUACAGCUUGCCGACACACCCCUCUUUCUCUCUCUCUCUCUCUCUCUCUCUCUCUCUCCCUGUAUCUUAAGAAACAGGUUUUCCGGCGGCUGGGGCGACCCAUUUUCCUGGUGGUCUUUGAGCUAGCUAGCUAGCUGAGCUGCCUUCAUUUUCCAUGAAUAAUAUUCAGUACUUGGGUUGGAACUGACUACUAAUCUUCAGUGUGGAAGGAGAUCGGAGAAAAGGUUAAAAAAGCUUUAAGCUUUAGUGGUUGAGGGGAAGGAGAAAGAUGAGACUAAGGAAGCCGGUGCUGUUCUUGCUUCUGGUGACGGUUCUUUCCCCAAUCGUUCUCUAUACUCACACUCUCGCCACUUAUUUCGCUUCCUCUUCUUCUAGAAAUGAAUUCGUUGAAGAAGUCUCCACUUUUACAUUGGGUGGUGAAAUCAGACCUUUAAAUGUGCUGCCUCAGGAGUCUGAUACUAUUCUGAAAGAACCAUUAGGUAUUGUGUAUUCAGAAAAUUCAAGCCUAUCCCUUUUGAAUGGCUCAGAUGGUAAAAGCAAUGAAAAUGCUCGUAAAGCCAGACAGCUUGCUGAAGAUUUACUAGAAAAUGAAACAGCCAACACAUCUACCCGGGGAUCUGAAAAAGGAAAUGUUGAAAAUCCCAUAAGGCAAGUAACUCUUGAGGGGCGUCAGGAGAAUGAAAAUGUUUUAGUAAAACCUGAAUCAAAUGGGGCCACUGGAAGUACUAGUAGAGCUUCUUCUAAUGCAAGGGAAAUCAAGCACACAUCUGACAGUUCCUCCUUGAAUGUGCCCUCUGGUGGUAGAGCUGCUUCCCGAGGGCGGCCUGUUAGGAACAACCCUAAGAGUCAGAAUGAUCAAGUGGUUCCACCAGACACUCUUAUUCACCAGCUUAAAGAUCAGCUUAUCAGGGGUAGAGUUUACCUUUCACUCUCGGCAACAAGAAACAAUGCCCACUUCAUAAGAGAACUCCGCUUGCGUAUGAAGGAAGUUCAAAGAGCACUUGGUGAUGCUACAAAGGAUUCUGACCUAUCAAGGAAUGCCAAUGAGAAGUUGAAAGCAAUGGAGCAAACAUUGACCAAGGGGAAGCAAAUACAAGAUGAUUGUGCUGCUUAUGUGAAGAAGCUUCGUGCUAUGCUUCACUCUACAGAAGAGCAGCUUCGAGUCCACAAGAAACAGACAUUAUUUUUGACCCAGUUAACUGCUAAAACACUUCCUAAGGGUCUUCAUUGUCUUCCUUUGCGUCUGACAACAGAAUAUUUCAUGUUAAAUCCUUCUCAACAGCAUUUCCAGAAUCCAGAGAAAUUAGAAGAUCCCAAUCUCUACCACUAUGCAAUCUUCUCAGAUAACAUAUUAGCAGCAGCCGUUGUUGUAAACUCUACUGUUUUCCAUUUGAAGGAUUCUUCAAACCACGUUUUCCACAUAGUCACUGACAAGCUCAAUUUUGCUGCAAUGCGGAUGUGGUUUUUGGCAAACCCCCCAAAAAAUGCUACAAUAGAUGUUCAGAACGUGGAGGAUUUCACAUGGCUAAAUUCGAGCUAUAGUCCAGUUCUCAAACAAUUGACUUCUCCUUCCAUGAUUGAUUAUUACUUCAAGGCCCGUCGUGCAAAUUCUGAUCCAAACAUGAAGUUCAGGAAUCCCAAGUAUCUCUCAAUCAUGAAUCAUCUUCGUUUUUACUUGCCGGAGAUCUUCCCGAAGCUGAACAAGGUUCUCUUUUUGGACGAUGAUGUGGUGGUUCAAAAGGAUCUUACUCCCCUUUGGUCUGUUAAUCUGAAAGGUAAAGUCAUCGGUGUGGUGGAGACAUGUGGAGAAAGCUUCCAUCGGUUUGAUCGCUAUCUCAACUUCUCAAAUCCCUUGAUUUCCAAAAAAUUCAACCCCCGUGCUUGUGGCUGGGCAUUUGGAAUGAACAUCUUUGAUCUAAAUCAAUGGAGGAGGCAGAACAUUACCGAGGUGUAUCAUACUUGGCAGAACCUGAAUCACGAUAGACAGCUGUGGAAAUUGGGCACCCUUCCACCGGGUUUGAUUACCUUUUGGAAUUAUACCUAUGCCCUUGAUCGAUCCUGGCAUGUCCUUGGCCUCGGCUACGAUCCAAGUGUAAGUCAAAAGAAUAUUGCACAGGCAGCAGUGAUACACUACAAUGGUAACUUGAAACCUUGGCUCGAAAUAAGCAUUCCAAAGUUCCGAAACUACUGGUCGAAGUUUAUUGAUUACGACCAAAUGUAUCUGCGAGAGUGCAACAUCAAUUCGUUAAGCGACAGCUGAUGGGUUUUUUCCCCUUCCUCUCGCUCUUUUUUACAAGUCACUAUUUUUUUUAGGUAUAUAUAUCAAGAAUUAGAGUUAGCAUUGUGGUUUGAUUUUGUUGUGCCUGACAUCUUUAGAUUUCUCAGUUAUGCCCGAGGGCAGAUGUAUCUGUAAAUGAUUACGCAUACUCUUAUCAAUUUUGUAUCUCCAUUUUUUGUUAUCCCGACAUAUUAACACAGGUCUCAAGUAACUGAGACCAUUUGCAUUA